AUGUUCGACCAGCUGCCACCCGCAGAUGCACGACCAGAUGCAGUCGAGGUAGAGGAGGUCGAGGAGGAGGUGGGAGUUUUGGCACGUGCGCCAUUGACAUUUACGCCUCAUCCAACCAGCAGUGGUACAACAACAACAUCAUCUUCAGCAUCAUCCGUUUCAGGAAUACCUAGACGAUAUGGGUCUAGUUUGGGUUCUUGUAAUAGUACUAUUACAAGUACAAGUACUACAAGUACUGUUUCAACAACCACACAGCCGGUUAGUAGAUUAUCAAAACCAGUUCCAUCUUCAUCUAUACCACAAAGAAAAUCAAUCGCUCCUGGUGCUGCCACUAGUACCAACAAACCACUUGAGACAACAACAAAUACACCAACAGCAGAAACAUUAUCAACUAAAAAGAAAUUUAUUACUGUUACACCAACUGUCGAUGAUGAUGGUGAUGACAUUGUUGUUGGUACAACAUCACCACCAAUGAUCAUUGGUUUGGAUGACAAGGAAUCAUUGUUGGAUGAAAAAUGGUUGAGUAGAGAUGUAACAGCGAUCAAUAAUGUCGAAGAUCUUAUGCAAUACAGUAAUACACUUGUGGAAUCAUUGGCAAACAUUGAAAUGGAAAUUGAUUCAUUAAAUGAAUCAAAUCAAUUCAAUCAAAUAUCAGAUGCUUUGGCAAACAAUAUUCGUGAUGCUAGAAAGGUAAAAAAAGAAGACGACGAAUUUAAUUGGGUCGAAGAUUCUGUAGAUCAAGCUCUAAUCGAAGACGAUGAAAUCGAUUUUGGUGAGAGUUCAUUUAAAAAGAAUAAUAAUAAUAAUAAUGAUGACCUUAAUCAAUCUGAUAAUGACGAUUAA